AUGCGUAAGGAGGGGCAGUGCUUCUGGGGAAGCCCAGCCCUGCAGAGAGGGCAGCCGCCUACCCCCCGCCCCCCCGCUGCAGCCAGCCGGGCAGGAGGGAAGCUCGAGAAGGCGCAGAGAGCGGAAAGGCUGGAGCGGGUCGAAGGAACCCAGGCGCCCCGCUGUCGUGUCCUAAGCCCCAGGAUGGGGAGACAGAAGGAGGAGGGUCUGAACCGCACCUUGGGGCUUCCAGUGGGGAAGAAGAGGGGCUGCUGCUCCGGGAUGGCAGCACUCCUAGCAGCCUCCAUCCUGAGCUCUUUCUUCCAGCCGACUCAGGCCUGGGAGGGUGUUGUCGUCAUGUUGGAACCAGCCAUACCCAUCGUAGGACAGGACGUCACACUGAUACCACGACCUGAAGCCAAGAGGGGAAGCUACCUUUAUAGUCGCUGGUACCGAAAAGAACGGCAGUGGCUCUGUCCGAGGACCCAUGAGCUGCCCAAACCAGAUGACAACACUGAGCGUGGAAGCUGUGGUGAAGAAGAAGGCUCCCUUCACGUCAGGAAUUUAAUGUUCAGUGACUCUGGAACCUAUUUUGUGUAUCUAAACCUAACAAAUACAUCCAUGGCUGGGGAAGUUUAUUUACAGGUCACAGAUCCUGCAGUUCCUCUACCAGUGUUGCCUCUCGGGAUCAUAAUUGCCUCCCUGUGUCUAAUCGCCGUUGCUGGGAGCCUGUUUUUCUACGUUCUCUGUAUCCAUCAUCAUCAUCAUGAUCGCCACAGUGAUGCACACUCCACACAAAUGAUUUCUACUCCUUCCGUGUGUGGGGAUGUCCCGUUCCCAAAGGCCCAGCCUGAGACGUGCUCUGAUACCAACCAGAAAUAGCAGAUGCUGGAACAUGGAGACCAGGAAAUGCAGAACCCACCUUGCCGCUUUCUCUGCACUGCUGAGUCAUCUCCUCACUUUCUCUGCACUGCUGAGUCAUCUCCUCACCUGCCACCACAGGCUCUGCUCUGCCUCUCCUGUCUCUUUUAGUUAGCAACAAUUCCUUCCAGGCUCUGUCCGGCAGGCCUGGCAAGCAACCUUUGCUCUCAAGACUGCAGGUGCAAAUCAGCACCUUCCUUUUUCAUGUAUUUAGUCAGUUCAUUAAAACUUGUUUAUCCCACCUUACC